CUUCAACGACCCAUGUCGGACGGAUCGACUGCAUGAAUGACCGCAUGGAUUGUUUUUGCGGGCGACGGUUAACGUUUCACAGUGCCUACGGAUUGACACUUUUAAGUGCUCGCUGAAAAUUAUCGUAGGAGUACAGUAAAUACGAAUUUUUAAAACUUGAAUACCAAAUACCUGUCACAAAAUUUUACAAAUUUAUAAAGCCGAUACGCGCACAUUCUGCAUCGUUUUAGUGCACAGUGACAACUGUUUUUGUGUAUAGACUAAUUUUGUGCUUACCUUGUGAAUUGGUUUAACCGAACAAAUGUAAAUUUUACUGUUUUGUAGUAUUUGUACAAGAGGAUUGUACAAAAUAUACAUAUAUACAAUGUUGAAAUAAUCAAUUAGGAUAAUAAUGUACGACUCUUGUCAUAAGUAACACAUCUUCUUCGUUUCUUUUUCUUCUUGGGCAGUACGCAUAACAAUUACCAAAAAAGUGGGUGGUCAAUUGAUUUGUCUCUCCGUUACGAGGAUGAUGAUGAUGGACAUGGGCAUGUACGGGAACUACGGCAAGUCUGACUCAUAUCCCAACUACGUAUUCUCGGGUCAAGGAAACCAUCAUCAUCACCAUCAUCACCAUCAUCAGUCGUCAUCCGUCGGCAGUCACGUGUCGGUGCCUCCUUCUCCGGAGAUAGCUCCAACUCAUUACUAUCCCCAGACUGCAGUGGCGCCAUAUUCUUCAUCAUCCUCCGAGAGUUUCCUAACCGCCGAUUCGGGCGCGUCGUCCAGUACGCCGCCUCAAGGUUUUUACUCUCCGACGGGUGCCGUUCUCCACGAGAAUGGUUCCACCACAGCAAUAAUCUCUUCGGAGAACGGUCUGAGUUAUACUAACCUGGAUUACGCGUCAUCCUCGUAUCCGAAUCAACAGCAGCACACAGUAACAUCGGUGGAUCCACAUCAAAGUUACCAUGUUCAGCAAACUGCUUACCGGGACGAUCAUCACCAUCAUCAUCACCACCAUCCGCCCGCUGGCGGCAGCCUACAUCAAACCACAGUACUUCAAGCUAGUCAUCCAAGAACGGAACACGAUCAGCAAAUUCAUCAUCAGUCCUCUAGUCAUCAUCACCAUCACCACCACCACCACGAGCCUGAAUACCAAAUAGCGGUCGGCGGCACCUCGAACUACCUACAUCAACUGCCGUCCUCGGACGAAUCCUUGCACUACCAGACGCAGAUUCAGCAGAGCGAGUUCUCCACGCAUCCGCCGGGACACUAUAAGGAAGAGAAUUCGGAUGCGACAUCCUAUCACGUCUUACAACAGUCCGGUCACCUCCAGCAUCCUCAUCAGCACGGGCACCAUCAUCAUCAGCAGCAGCAUUCGCAUCAUCCGCAACAACAACAACAACAACAAGCGCAGGUACCAACCUACAAAUGGAUGCAAGUCAAGAGAAAUGUACCUAAACCAGUUGCGACCAAAGCGAAUCCGAAUGCGAUCGAGUACGGUGGCGGUACAGUUGCGGGGCCAAGCUCCUCGGUAUACGGAAGUACCGCCAGUGGAACAGUGAGUUGUAUCGCCGGUUCGUUGGCCGGUAUCGCCGGUAGCUUCAACAAUACCGGACGCACAAACUUCACGAAUAAACAACUGACCGAACUGGAGAAGGAGUUUCAUUUCAACAAGUACCUGACGCGAGCGAGACGCAUCGAGAUCGCUUCCGCGCUGCAGCUUAACGAGACGCAGGUGAAGAUCUGGUUCCAGAACAGGCGUAUGAAGCAGAAGAAGCGCAUGAAGGAAGGCCUGAUACCGGCGGAUAGCACGAAUGUGACGGCUUUGAGCGGUGCCAGGAGCAGCAGCAAUUCACCGACGGGCUCGUCCAGCCACGAGAUCGGCGGCCUCGGUUUAUCCAGCUUCACCAGCGACAACAGUAGGGAAUCACCUCCAUCUUCCAAGGAUUGACGCGAUUUUUGCUGCAGUAAUGAACGGCACUAUAAUCUAUGAUUCGAUAUCUGAUCGCAAAGCUCUGCUCCGGUGAUAUCGAAAAGAUAGAAGUUUAAUGAGAAUCGUGACAAUUUACUGCAGCCAUACACAAACCACUUUCUAAUUUAUUCUUUCAGGCUGCAUCGUGAAUGUAAUACCGUGGACUUAUAAAAUGAGUAAUGUCAUUCUGUAUCUUGAAAGUAGAGGUAUGUGAUAUAUGUGUAUAUACGGGAGACACGUCUCUAUCUUCCCGUUUCUAAACUAUAAACGGGAAGAUAAAAAUAAACUAUAAUGUGACAUUGGUUUCUCUAAUUCCAUUAUUGUACGGAUGAUACCGACUACAGAAGUGGCGUGUAGCUUCAAAAAAGUUCAAUACGGUACUAUAUUGCAUUCCGGAGCAUGUUUUCUUCAUCCUGAAUUUCUUCUUUCAAUCAGUGCAUUAAAUGUUAAGUUGUAUAUUAAUUUUCCGUAUUAUUUAUUUUAUAUAUUUAAUUUAUAGUCUUCAAUGCGUCUUGUAAAAUUAUAUGUAUAAGUUUGAAAAUUUCAAUUCAAAUUUUCCAAUGUUACCAUGUACCUCAGUUCAUAUUCAUAGAGCGAUAUUUAUAGUUGUAAAUUUUAAAUGCUGCUGUGUGAUUGAACAUCCUUUAUAUUUCUAAUUAAUUUAUAGUUUUAGUUUUCUAAAAAAUUUCAAGAUAUACUACUCAUCUAAUUCUUCCGAUACAUUUACAUUAAUAUAAAUAUAGCGAUUAUAUUCCAAAUUUUUUACCUGCUCUCUCAAAUGUCAAAAACUUACUUAAUGUAUAAUUUUCUCUAUCAUCCGACCGUAAUAAAUUUUAUUUUAAUGUACAAUUGUAAAUGAAAUUUUCUAAUUCAAGUAUACGAAAUGAAUAAACAAGUUAAGAAAUUAAUAAGGGUCUAAAGUUUCAAAGUUGUAAAAUGAAUAAAAUAACAUCUAUUACGUCACAUUUCCACGUGAAGGAUGAUAGCGAUUGAAUUCUAUCAUCCGAUCAUUUCUUAACCCUUCCAGUACCUUGUAAUCAAUAAAUUUUCCAUAACUUUUAAUAAUUUCUUUCAAAAAUCCAAUUUGUACUUUGUUUUCUUUCUGUAUCUAAUCAGUAUGCAAUGUUUAGAACUAUAUGCACUAUUACAAUAAUAAAGACAAUUUAUAGCACACACUAUAUAUAUACCUAUUAAAUAAUAAAAUUACAGAUAUUUAAAUUAACGAAAUAGAUAUUUCUCACGGAUUUUCUUCAUUUUUAAAACUAAACUAAAAAUAACGAAAAAGUAUUUCAGAAAAGACCUCUAUAUUCAAUCUGAUACUGGAAGAGUUAGCUUUAUUUAUCUUACUGUGGAAUGUUUAUAGUAGUCUUGAACAUUAUGAAACAAUCCCUAAAUGUUAAAAUGUUAAAAUAUCGUUGUCGGAGAAGUAUAAUAGAGAAUAUAUUGCGCCAAUUUGACUCUCAAUUAAAAAGGAUUUAUAUAAUGAAAUAAUUUAUAAUUGAUUAUUCUAUUGAUUGUUCGCAGAUAGGAAAUUUCGGCCAAUCCUAAAGCGGUAAAUUAGGCCAAUGUCUUUAUAACAUUUAUCUUGGUGCGCGAUAACGCAAUAGUGGAUAGAAAUAUCUUUGAUAAUCACAAGAUCUCGCGAGAGUAAUUGUCUAAUCGGAAAUAGCCUAAUGACUGUAGAUCUCUUUCUCUUUCAAUACAAUUUCCGCCCAAGAGUUGUGUGCAUGUAUUUAUAUGUAAAUAAUAUUCUACACAAAAACUAUGGGCCAAUAAAAUUAAUCGAUAAAUCCUACAUAAACGGAAGUUCCACAAAACGGAAUAUUAUGAUAUAAAUCCUCAUUAUCUCCCAACAAUAAGAAUUUAAUUAUAUAAAGACAACAUAAUUGCAUGCGGACUGGAAACUCGCAUCCUAUUCAAAUUAAUUCGCACGUUUAAACACAUACAAAAAAAAAAAAUUAGGAUAAUCGUACAUAUUUAUGUGAAUUACAUAAAUGGUGGUCCAUUUGCUCUGUACCUAAAAACAUUCCUAUUAUAUUAAAGUGUCAUUAGCCUAUAAUACCAUGUAGAUCUUUGUAGAAAGAAUAAAAUA